CCUGAGUACAAAAGAGUCGCACUCAGGAGCUGAAUCGAGAAGAAGCCAAGCUGAGCACCUCACUCUCCGCUCCGCCACCGAUGGCUGCCACUUGCCACUACCUUCUCUCCUCCCCAUUCACCUCCGGCCUCCCCCUCAAAACCACCCGCACCACCACCACCAAAACACGACCGCCUCCCUUUCCCAAGGCCCCCAUCAUCAUCGCAUCCUCCGCCCGCCCCCUCAGGGCGGCCGUCAUUGGCGGCGGCCCCGCCGGCGCCUCGGCCGCCGAGGCCCUCGCGCUCGGAGGCAUCGAGACCUACCUCAUCGAGCGGGCCCCCUCGGGAUCUAAGCCCUGCGGCGGCGCCAUCCCCCUCUGCAUGCUGUCCGAGUUCGACCUACCGUCCUCCCUCGUUGACCGCCGCGUCACCCGCAUGCGCGUCCUCUCCCCCUCCAACCGCGCCGCCGACUUCGGCCGCUCCCUCCUCCCCCACGAGCACAUCCCCAUGCUCCGCCGCGAGGUCCUCGACGCUUUCCUCCGCCGCCGCGCCGCCGACGCCGGCGCCCGCCUCCUCCCCGGCCUCUUCACCUCCAUCCGCCUCCCCUUAUCCGACUCCGAUCCCUACCUCGUCCACUACACCGCCUCCCCCUCCACCCCCGGCUCCCUCGCCGGCACCCCCUCCGCCCUCGCCGUCGAUGUCGUCAUCGGCGCCGACGGAGCCAACAGCCGCGUCGCCCGCUCCAUCUCCGCCGGCGAUUACACCACCGCUAUCGCUUUCCAGGAGCGGAUCCGCCUCCCCCCGGCCGGCAUGUCCCGCUACGAGGACCUCGCCGAGAUGUACGUCGGCGCCGACGUCUCCCCAGAUUUCUACGCCUGGGUCUUCCCCAAAUGCGACCACGUGGCCGUCGGCACCGGCACCUCCGCCGCCAAGCCCGACAUCAAGCGGCUUCAGGCCGCGAUCCGGGCCCGGGCCGGGCCCAAGAUAGCCGGCGGGGAGGUGAUCCGGGUGGAGGCGCACCCGAUCCCGGAGCACCCGAGGCCGCGACGGGUGGUGGGGCGGGCGGCGCUAGUGGGCGACGCAGCCGGGUACGUCACCCGGUGCUCCGGCGAGGGGAUUUACUUCGCCGCCAAGUCUGGGCGGAUGUGCGGGGAGGCCAUCGUGAGGGCGUGGAAAGAGCGGGGGGUGGUGACCGAAGCCGACCUCAAGACAGCGUACCUGAGGAAAUGGGACGAGGAGUACAGGGGCAUGUUCCGGUUCCUGGACCUGCUGCAGCAGGUGUUCUACGGGAGCAACGCCGGGCGCGAGGCGCUGGUGGAACUGUGCGCAGAUGAGUACGUGCAGAGGAUGACGUUCGAGAGCUACCUGUACAAGAGGAUGGCGAGGGGGGACUGGAGGAAAGAUUUGGGCUUGGCUUGGAGGACAAUUGGGAGCCUGGUGAGGGCAGGGGUUAUGGGGUGGGAGGUUGACAGGCUUAGAGGAAUUGGAGCCGACUCUUCUUAGCAAGCUUGUGUCACUCUGGAUCGAGCGUGCUGUGAAGCAGACCUGAGGAAGGGAAGCAUGGUUUUGUCUCAGAAGUAUAAGUCUCUCUACUAGCUAUAGCAAUGCAGAUUAAUGAGAGGAAUGUUGCUGGAGAAAUCAUUAGGCAGUGCAGAGAUGGUGAUGAUUCUGCUGGGUGAAGUAGAAAAGCUUAUGAAACAUAAUCUAGCUUCAUAAUAAACUGUUCUACAUACCAUUUAUAUCUCAUGAGCAGUAGUGUACCAAAAGAUGUUCACCCUAAAUAGACUUCCCUUAGCUUCUUUUUCGAUCAUUAUCAA